CAUGGUGACGAAAUAUGUUACUGGUGUAGGUGACGUCUUGAUAGCAAGAAAGUUAUGACCUUGCCAUUACAUCUCAUCGUUAUGCUUGAAUAACAGUCACCUUAUAUAUAUGUACAAAAUGCAGACUUAAGAAAUGAACUGCCAGAAGGGGAACAAAACUUUCUCUUUAAACUGUCUCCAUACUAUCUCAUUGAGAAACAUUCAACAUUAGGUUUUGAUCAAAGCAAGAGUCACUUUUACUGUUAGUUAUUGAUCGGUGAUAAAUAGAUGUUGUUAACUUAUUAUGUGUUUGUGCAUUGUAGUACAAAAUGCAGUUAGCCAUAACGUCAGUACUUAUAAUAUGCUGUUUCAUUUCACUAAUGUGUGUGACAGGAGCAAGCACUCCUGAAGAACCCUUGUUCGAACUUCCAGUUCAACUCGUUGGUUUUCCUGUCAUCAUCGCGGCUGUCCGAGUUUCAAAUUUUGUUAAGAAACUCGCCUACUCUCUCAACCCAGAAACGUACAGAAGUCGCUCAAAACGAGACUUACUGCCCCUGAUUGAUGAAGAAGAGUUUGACAUUGGACAAAUAGAAAAGAAAAUUGAAAAAGAAUUUGGAAAAUCUGUCUGCAUAUUUGAAGAAGUAUGCACAAAAUAUGCAACGCUAACACUAAAAAAGAACCAUAAACCACAUAAUUUAGACUGGAACGUUAUUCUCAGACGCUACAAAACAUUAUCCAUUGGAGUUAGAGAAGAUUAUCUUUUAAGUGUAUUCCUGGGAGACGUUAUAGGCAGUCCAAAACUUUGCCAUAAAUUGUCAAAACAAAAAAAAUUAUGCGUUAAAAACAUUUUAUAGAGCUACAUUAUUUUGUUAGAUAAUUUUCUAUUACAUAAUCAAAUUAUACACUUUUCCAAUUGUUUUCUUUUAUUUUCGGAAUGCAUGGCUCAUUUCAUUUAAAUUGAAUUAUUCGAGUCUCUUGCCAAAAAAUACUUUAUGUUGUACGUAAGCUAUUUAAAAGAUUAUAAACUAUUAUAAGUAAGCGUAGCUGUGUGGUCAGUGUAUACUGCUUACUUCCUAAGGGGCUUGGGUUCAAUUCCCCAUGCGUGAACGAUUUUUAAAUAUUAUUUUCCACUUUAUAUACUGUAGAUAUAAUAAUCUUAAAUAUAAUGUAAAUUUAAUAAUUCUAAAAGUUGUUCUAUUUUCAAAGACAGUUAUUGAAACUUGAAUAAUCGAAAUUAAUUUAAUAGUAUGAUGUUAUCCGUAGAUUGAAAUUUUUUCCAGGAAGAUGAGCUUUAAAAAAUUAAAAAGGUGUUUGUUGGCAAAAAAAGAUUAUUACCGGUAUGUUAGUCACUAUUUUAUGUGAAGAUAAUAUUAACAAAUAAUCACAAGUGCAUGUACCAAUGAAUAUUAAUAAUUAAUUUUAAAUAUUAUUUAAUGUAAUAAAAAUACUUUUUAAUGUUAAAUAAUAAUAAAAAAAUAAGUAAAGAAAUAAAAUGAUUGUUCUUA